AUGGUUUCGUGCGAACUUGUGCGAAUCCGUGGUGAUGUUGACCCGUUUGGCGGAGAAUUGGAGCACCAUGGAGCAACUGGUGUUACUAUGCCUGAUGCACCUGGUGUUCCUAUGCCUGAUGCACCCCUGUUUCGCCUCUCCAUCGCAGGCUCGCAGCAGGUGGUGUCGGAGAUGAGGGAAAGAGUGGGGGAGCUGCAGAGGGACUUGGAGGAGGAUGGAAUCCAUCCGCUCGCAGCAGGCUCGCAGCAGGUGGUGUCGGAGAUGAGGGAGAGAGUGGGGGAGCUCCAGAGGGACUUGGAAGAAGACUCAGCGAGGGUAGAUGAGGCGAAGGAGCAGAAGGGCGAGCAGGAGGCGGAGAUCAACGCCCUCGUGGAAAAGGUGAAGGAGUAUCAGACAAGGAUCAGCAAGCUCGUGCGGCGGCAAGAAGAGCUUCGGGAGAAGCGAGCGAAUCUUGAAGCAGAUGCAGACCAGCGCACCACCAAGAUACGCAAGGAGAUUGUUCUCUUUUCAGGUUUCACCAACAUCCGCCUGGAUGUGGACGUGAAGGACCGGUUUGUCGGCACGUUGAUGCACCCCUCAGGCAACCCCGAGCUCGCCAGGCCGGUUGACUUUAACACCUCUGCCGCCAACACCACCACCGUUGCGUACCAGCUCUGGAACAUGGUAUGA